AUGUCUGAUCAAGACGCUUAUCCACACAAAUACAACAAAUUGCGGAGUAUCUACAACUACUAUAUCGAUUCAUAUAUUGCAUUGUAUCAGUUGAAAACAGAAACAGAAGAAGAAUUAAUGUCAAUUUUCAAAAUGAUCAAAACAGAAUUGAUUGAUUCAAAUAAACAUCCACCACAAAAUAUUAUAAAAGACAUUUUAAAUAUCAUUCCGUAUAAUAAUCGCUAUACAAAGUCAUAUUUACUUCUUGCCAAACUCAUAUCUGAUGAAUAUCAUAUCAAAGAGGUCAACAAGAUCACAACUAUUUCAAACUUCCUGUUUUAUAAAGAAUAUGGAAUUAAAUUAGACAAGUCUGAUGAUUUUGAAAAAAAAAUUAUAGGAAAUCUCGAUAUUCAUACAGAAAAUACAAUUUAUAGGACAAUUAUGAAUAAUGACAAAGAAAGAUUCAUUGCUUUCACAGAAAUGGAAGGUUUUGAUAAAAAUCAAAAAUUUUAUAGCGAAUUUUAUCCAGAUUAUAAUGGUAAAUUAUAUUCAUUACUUGAAUUAUGUUGUUACCAUGGAGCAGUUGAUUGUUUCAAGUUAUUAAGAACGAAAUUUAACUCAGAAAUAACUGAAACAUGUCUGGAAUUUUCAUUUUUAGGAGGAAAUCAAGAGAUCAUGAGUGAAUGUUUGAAAUAUCAAAAACCAGAUUAUACUUGCAUGGAAUAUGCAAUUAUUUCACACAACAUUGAUUUUGUUACAUUCUUGAUGAAUGAGUACAAUAUUAAGAUCGAUUUAGAAUAUUGCGGAAAAUAUAAAAAUCUUGAUUCUUUUUUAGUUUAUUUUGAUCAAACUAAUGAUAUUGAUAAAUGCUUUGUUUAUUCAGUGAUGUUUAAUAUUCCAUCUCUUUUAGAAUAUUUACUUUCACAUGGUGCGAAUAUCAAUAAAAAGGAUCAAAUUAGAAGAACAGCACUUCAUUUUGCAGCACAUUAUAAUUAUAAAGAAAUUGCAGAAGUUCUUAUUUCACAUGGUGCGAAUAUCAAUGUAAGGGAUCGAAUUGGAAGAACAGCACUUUAUUAUUCAGUAUGUUAUAAAAGUAAAGAACUCCUUGAACUUCUUAUUUCACAUGGUGCGAAAAUCAAUGAAAAAAAUGUAUUAGGAGACACCGCACUUCAUAUUGCAGCUUGUAAAAAUUAUAAAGAAAUUGCAGAAGUUCUUAUUUCACAUGGUGCGAAUAUCAAUGAAAGGGGAAGAACAGCACUUUAUAUAGCAGAAUCAAUAAAAAGUAAAGAACUCUUUGAACUUCUUACUUCACAUGGUGCAAAAAAAUAA